GGCGCGAGCAGCACCCUUGGUAUUGUGUUGUCGAGAGGGGAGUCAGGUUUCCGUGGCAACCGCGGGAUGGCCAGCUACUGAGUCCGGAGAUAGAAAGGAAACGAGCGGAGAAGGAGGGAAGAGGGAUAAAAGAAACAAAAGUAGCACCGAGAGAGAGACUAGUUUCCUUUCUUUAAUUUGUUAAUUUAUUAGAAAAAGGAUCCAUGGUUUCUUUGGUGUAUUAUGGAGCCGUGGCUGAGUUGGUGUGUUUUGUUUGAUUGAGGUGCUUCCCAGGGCCAUCUGACGUGGGAAUAUGAGGCUCUCCUUGCGACCACGCAGUGGCUGUCUGCUGAUAUGUCUCUGUGUCUCGGUCGGCACCCUACUGCUACAGAGCCUUUGGGUGCCUGGAGAGGAGAGUGAGGUCACACCAGCCGGAAGAUCACCUGAGGAGCAAGCACAGAGAGGGCCAGUGCAUGGGUCCCGGCGCGGGGGCCCUGGUGUGGGCAGACUGGCCCUCCGUCUAGAGGCCCUCAGUGCCCAGCUCCAGAGGCUGUCCCAGGAGAGGGACGCUCCCAACACAGACCCACAGCACCUUCACCUCCUCGUGCAGAGUCUCAGGCAGGACCAGCAGGGUCUGGUUCAGUCCGUUGAGGAACAGCUGAAGAGAAUCUCCCAGAAGAUUGACCAGCUCAGCCUUCACCAUCGUCUUCAUCGGGAGGAAGAGCCUCCCCCAGGCCCGCUGGAGUCCUGCAGCGUGACCCUUGACCCCAGAUACCCGGCCUGCUCGGAAAAGGUGGAGUUCUUGCGGGUCCGGUGGCAGUUGGACCCGUGCUACGCCUUCUACGGCGUGGACGGUACGACCUGCUCCAUCCUGACCUACCUGAGCCAGGUGGAGGACUUCUGCCCCCUCCGCCUGGGUAGAAACCAGUCUGUGUUGCCAUGGCAACACACCGGACGGUCCAAAACAGAGAAGGCAGAAAUCAGGACGACCCUGAGCUUGUUGCAUGAGGAGAUCGGCAGCAGCAGGGGUCCUGCGCUGGGGUUUGUCCGCUCUAGGGUGGAGCAGAUGUCCCGGGAGUGGAUCCAAGCUGGUCUGAGGAUGAAACAGAGCAGCAACAACACCGCCUCACCCCAGAUGAAGGUGCUGCUGUACCCGGGGGUGCUGGCCGGCCCAGCAGGCCAGCGGUUUGGCUCCAUGGUGGAGAGGGGGGGUCCGCUGGGGGAGCUGGUCCAGUGGGCCGACCUCAGCGCCUGUCUGACCAUCUUGGGACACAACCUGACCCUCAGCACCUCUCGAGACCACCUGCACAGCCUGAUAGGUGCAGCCCCAGGUGGAGGAAGCUGUCCAAUCCAGCGACCUUUGCCCUUUGACCUCAUCUACACCGACUACCACGGCCUUGCCCACCUGCAGGGAGCCAUGGGCCUGACGUUUCAGCACUACCAAUGUCGCUUCAGAAUCCUGGACUCGUUUGGGACAGAACCAGCGUUCAACAUGGGCAGUUACGCCCGUAGCCAUGGUUACAGAACAUUAUGGGGUAGUUGGGGGCUCCAACCGCUGCAGUACAUGACCAUGUUUCCUCACACGCCCGACAACUCCCUCAUGGGGUUCGCCGUCAGACAGGGAGUGAGGACGGAGGGCAGGAAGCACAACGUGGCAGUCGUUUACGGCAAACAGCAGUAUAUGUGGCAGGGUAUGGCUGACUACAUCCAGGUGCUCAGCAAUGAGAUGGAGGUCCACGCUACCGUCUACCAGCCCCCCGGGGGGUCCGCCCCCCUCCCCCCCAACGUCACCAACCACGGCCUGCUGGCCCAGGACCACUUCCACCGUCUGCUGCACAGAGCCAAGGUGUUUGUGGGCCUGGGCUUCCCCUACGAGGGCCCGGCCCCGAUAGAGGCCCUGGCUCUGGGCUGUGUGUUCCUUCAGCCCAGCCUGACGCCCCCCAACUCCAGCUCCUUCUACCGGGGCAAGCCCACCACCAGGGAGGUGUCCUCCCAGCACCCUUAUGCUGAACACUUUGUGGGGAAGCCAUACGUUUGGACAGUGGAUGCCAGUAACCUGACUGCCGUACGGCAAUCCAUCAGGGACAUUAAGCUCACACAGGUGAAGCCCUUCACCCCCAGAGAGUUCACCUGUGCUGGGAUGCUAGAGAGGCUGCAGGCCUACAUCACCCACCAGGACUUCUGCACCCCGUCCUCCCCUACCUGGCCACCGGAGGGCGCCCUGCGGACCCACCUGGGCCCGCUCAGCCUCUCCUGUGUGAGUGUGUGUCGACGGUCUGGUCUAGUGUGUGAGCCUGCACUGUUUCACCACCUCAACAACCCCAAGACCUUCAGCAGGCUGGGGCUGAGCUGCUCUGCGAGGGAACAGGAAGUGAACCACCUGUUUCCUGCUUACAGCCCGUGGGGGCGGCGCUGCGGUCUGCAGGCCGAGCCCCUGCUGUUCAGCUGUGCCGGGUCAGACCCCCAGCUCCGCAGACUGUGUCCCUGCAGGACUCACCUGCCCGGACAGGUGGCGCUGUCUCCCCACGGCCUCUAGGGGGCGGUGUGAGCACAGAGAACACCAAAGAGAGCAGCAGGGUGAUCAGGGUGGAUUGCGGGUGUAUUCAGGACAUGUUUUCCUGUUUAGUCCCAGUUUACUGUAAACUUUUUGUUUUGGAUGGAAUACUUGCAUGUAGGAGCGGAAAUCUAAAUAUGUGUAUAUCGGGAUGUCUACACAUGGACUGCUUUAAUCUGUUUUAUAUUUAGAACAAUAAGUGUUGGAUAUAUAUGUGAGUGUGCUGGGUGGAGUUUAGGCCACUGAUCUGGGUUUGUUAUAUGGCUUUAAUAGAACACUGCUCAGGAAACGGCUAUAAUAUAAUGCUUGAAGCACUUACCACACAAAUGCAUGGCCAUGCUUAUGCAUUAUCACAACAGGAGUCUUAACUGAGGAGCAAAGAAAAGCUACACUGCAGCUAUUAUGCCUGCUUUAAACACUUAAUAGUUAAAUUCCUGAUCCCAACAUUCAUACUUGCUUUAUGGGCAAAGUCCAACAUACUCCGAGGCACUUCCUACGCACGGUACAUGGUACACCCAUGUGUCCUCAGCAGGCAGCUUCUAUAGCUCACUACACACACACACACACACACACACACACACACACACACACACACACACACACACACACACACACACACACACACACACACACACACACACACACACACCCCUUGUAAGACAUCUGAGUUGCGAGUAUUGAAGAUGUUAUCAUAAUGGAUCAUCAGCAGGACGUUUAUGCGUGCAUGUGUGUGAUGGGGUAUGAGGUGCUACACGACAGGCUGAUAAUAAUCAGGCUUUAAAGUGAUGGGGUGCUGGCUGUACGCAGCCCGGCUGUUCAACUUCGAACACGCCCGUCAAUUUACUCAAACUUGCUUCAACCUCAACAAAACAAGACGAGGAGAAUGACUUCCUCUGCCCCUAUUGGCUGCGUGGACUAAACACCUCUUUGGGAUUGGCUACAGCUCAUGCCAACCACAACCUUACUGGCCGUACAGCAGUUUGACGUCAACUGUCGCCCAUGGAAUGUGAGUAGGUUCUGAAGCUUGGCCUUGUCAAAUGUGAGGCUGUUUCUGAUUGGCUGUGCCUUAUGAAGACGAUUUGAGGAGCGGCUGUUUGGAGAGAACAUAAAUAAAAGUGUG